AUGGAGCCGGGCCGGGCCGCCUGGAUGCUGCUGCUGCCGCUGCUGCCGCUGCUCCUGCUGCUGCCGGCCCUGCCCGCGGCCGCGCCGGGGGACUUCGACCCCUACCGCGUGCUGGGGGUCGGCCGCGGCUCCAGCCAGGCCGACAUCAAGAAGGCCUACAAGCGGCUCGCCCGGGAAUGGCACCCUGACAAAAACAAGGACCCAGGAGCAGAAGACAGAUUCAUCCAGAUUAGCAAGGCCUACGAGAUUCUCUCCAACGAGGAAAAGAGGGCAAACUUCGAUCGCUAUGGAGAUGCUGGGGAGAGCCAGGGCUUCUCUCAGCACCAGCAUCGCCAGUUCCAUCGCUUCCACGACGGCUUCUAUUUCGACGAGUCCUUCUUCCACUUCCCUUUCAAUUCCGAGCGACGCGACACCUCCGACGAGAAGUAUUUGCUCCACUUUUCCCACUACAUCAAUGAAAUCGUGCCGGACAGUUUCAAGAAACCUUACCUCAUCAAAAUCACCUCGGACUGGUGCUUCAGCUGCAUCCACAUCGAGCCUGUGUGGAAGGAAGUCGCUCAGGAAUUGGAGGCGCUGGGAGCGGGAAUCGGCGUCGUGCACGCAGGGUACGAGCGGCGCCUCGCCCACCACCUGGGUGCCCACAGCACUCCCACCCUGCUGGGGCUCAUUAACGGGAAAAUAACCUUCUUCCACAACGCCGUCGUUCGGGAAAACCUGCGGCAAUUCGUGGAGAACCUUCUGCCGGGGAAUCUUGUCGAGAAGAUUACAGAUAAAAACUACAUCCGCUUUCUCUCUGACUGGAGGAAGGACAACAAGCCCCACGUCCUGCUGUUCGAUCAUAUGCCAGUUGUGCCAUUACUGUACAAGCUGACUGCCUUUGCCUACCGAGACUACCUGUCCUUUGGGUAUGUGUACGUCGGACUCCGAGGCACCGAAGAGUUGUCCAGUCAGUACAACAUCAACGUCUACAGUCCCACCAUGAUGGUCUUCAAGGAGCACAUCGACCGGCCCGCUGACGUUGUGCAGGCACGAGAGAUGAAGAAGCAGCUCAUUGAUGACUUCCUUUCUCAGAAUAAGUUCCUUAUGGUGGCCAGACUCACCAACCAGAGGCUGUUCCAGGAGCUGUGUCCUGUCAAGAAGUCUCACCGUCAGCGGAAGCACUGCGUGGUCUUGCUUACUGGAGAAGGAGAGAAGUUUGCUGAGGCUUAUGAGGCCUUUUUGACUUUUGCUGUGGCCAACACAAAAGACACACUGAAGUUUGUGUACAUCUAUAACGAACGGCAGCCAGAAUUUGCAGACGCCUUACUGAUGGAUGAUGAGAAGUAUCGGGGAAGAUCAGCUGUGGUCAUUCUGGAGAGACGCAAUAACGCGGGGAAGAUUGCCUACAAAGCCUUGGAGGAGGCCUGGCAAGGCAGCAAGGAGGACAACUUCAUCCUCCUGGAUCUCCUGGACCAGCUGAGGACAGACCCUGGCCUUCUGUCAUCAGAGACUGUCGUGGCAGACCUGAAUGAUGAGCUCGCUCCUAUGUUCCUUAUCCGAUGGCUCUACUCCUCGCUGGACUACAUCUCAGACUGCUGGGACAGUUUGUUUCACAGUAACUGGCGAGAAAUGAUGCCGCUGCUGUCCUUGCUCUUCUCCGCGCUCUUCAUUCUCUUUGGCACCGUUAUUGUUCAGGCUUUCAGUGAUUCGAGUGACACAAGGGACUCUCCACCCUCGGAGAAAGAAGAAGCCGCCACAAAGACAGAGAAGAACGACGUGAGCUUCAGCAAAGAGAGUAACAGCAGGAUUCCCAAAAAGGGCUUUGUUGAGGUGACUGAGCUAACGGACAUCAACUACACCAGUAACUUGGUGCGCCUGAGGCCGGGCCACAUGAACGUCGUCUUGAUCCUGUCCAACUCGACCAAAACCCCCCUGCUCCAGAAGUUCGCCCUGGAAGUCUACACAUUUACAGGGAGCAGCUCUCUUCAUUUCUCCUUCCUCAGCCUGGACAAGCACCGAGAGUGGCUGGAGUACCUGCUGGAGUUUGCGCAGGAUGCAGCCCCCAUCCCAAACCAGUACGACAAGCAUUUCCUGGAGCGCGACUACACGGGCUACGUCCUGGCUCUGAACGGCCACAAGAAAUAUUUCUGCCUCUUUAAGCCUCACAGAUCAGGGGAUGAGGGGGGAACCCUGGGAUCCUGUGAGGAUUACGAUGCAUCACUACACGCGGAAGCCAGAGGGAAACCCUCCUGCAGCCCGGGAUCUAGAUCCAUUAAAAACAAAUUACACAAAUUGUCCUUUUGGAUGGAACGCCUCCUAGAGGGUUCCUUACAGAGGUUCUACAUCCCCUCGUGGCCUGCGUUAGACUGAGGGAUUUUACAGAGAUUCUAAGGGACAAACUUUUUAUGAAGAUGACAAAGGACAGCUCUUUCCAGGAAUACACAAACAAGCGUGAUGAAUGGACCUUAGGUUUUAGGUGAACCCUCCUGGGCCGGAGACUAAAACAUAUCUCCCCACGUCCGGAGCCCGGGAGCGCAGCCAAGCACACCCACCUGCCCUCCACUGACCCAUCGUGCGCUUGGACGCCGUCCUACCGAAGAGCCAAGAAGUCUGUUUUUCCCUUCUUGUCCUGCCACAUCUGCUUCCCAAGUCACCCCUGUUCCAUCUCUCGUUUUACCUCAGUUGAAGAAAAACCCUGUGACUUCUCUUGGCCCGGACCAGCCGCGGCCAGUGGUGCAGGUCGGGUCGCAGUUCUCUCUCCCCCCAUCCCCGUGUGCUUAGCCCAUGGUGCAGUGCAUGGUGUAACACUGGCAAGACCCUGCAGACCCUCCCAGGCCCUGCCCUUCCAAAAGGCCUCCUCCUGCCAGGCAGUUGUACUUCCUCGGCUUUCCCCGUGGUAAGUGACGUAGAGUCCAGUCAGGAGCAUCUCCCUUGUAGCAAACCUGUAGCUGGGACUCACCUGUGGUGCGGGCCCGUGGGUGAUCUGCAUGUUUCAUGCUCCUCGUGUCCUGGUUCCACGUGCAGCUUCACCGGCUGAACCCGGACUGGGAAGGAAAAGGGUUUUGCACGGCCGUAAAUACUGUCAAAGUGUUGAGCCGUUUAAAUGUCACGUUGAUUUUUCAGAUGCCUUUUCUGCUUCUGUC